UUCCUGGAAGUUGAGCUAUCUCAAUGCGGAAGUGUGUGAAAGAAAACAAAUAAUCGUUCAAUUUAGUCGAGUGGAAUUCAGGUGAAGACGUCUUGAGCUGCACUCUCUGGCCUGCCGUCGCCUCCACAGAAACACUUUACACGAUGGAGUUCCUAUUCGGGAAGAGGAAGACCCCGGAGGAGAUGCUGAGACAGAACCAGAGGGCGCUCAACCGAGCCAUGAGAGACCUGGACAGAGAGCGACAAAGACUGGAACAACAGGAGAAGAAAAUCAUCGCCGACAUAAAAAAAAUGGCCAAACAGGGACAAAUGGAUGCUGUCAAGAUCAUGGCAAAGGACUUGGUUCGCACAAGGCGCUACGUAAAGAAGUUCAUCAUGAUGCGAGCCAACAUCCAGGCGGUCAGCCUCAAGAUUCAGACGCUCAAGUCCAACAACAGCAUGGCCCAGGCGAUGAAAGGCGUCACCAAAGCCAUGGCCACCAUGAACAGACAGCUGAAAAUGCCUCAGAUUCAGAAAAUCAUGAUGGAGUUUGAGCGGCAGAGUGAAAUCAUGGACAUGAAGGAGGAGAUGAUGAAUGACGCGAUAGAUGACGCCAUGGGUGAUGAGGAUGAUGAAGAGGAAAGCGACGCCAUUGUAUCCCAAGUGCUGGAUGAGCUGGGUCUUAAUCUGUCCGAUGAGCUGUCAAAUCUGCCAUCCACUGGAGGAAGCCUGUCUGUGGCCGGUGGAAAGAAGGCAGAGCCCCAAGCUGCCCUCGCAGACGCAGACGCUGACCUGGAGGAGCGCCUGAAUAACCUGCGGAGAGAUUGAACGCAGCGCGCAGGAAGCUCUCCAAACAAGAGCACUUUGGCUGGCGUGUUAAUACAGAUACACUUGUACUUGGAUUUCUGUAUCUGAGUUUCAUUAGGAGGAAUGGGCUCACGAACAGUCAAUGACUUGUCCUAUAAAGUUAUGACUUUUUUUGUUUGAGGUAUUUCCAUUUUAUGUGUGCAGUAUGUAUUUUAUCAACAAACCUACAAAGGCUCAUUAUCAUCCAUAGGCCUAGCAAAUUCUUGUCUCAUUCAAGACAUUGCCAAAUGAAGCAUUUUUGUCAUAAGGUGAAAAAUUACUGCACAGCGUGUGUAUAUACUUACUCCCUAUGGCAUGUUUUUUCACUAUUUGAACUAACACUAAAUACAAAAUGUUUUAAUGAACCCAAAGGUUAAAUAAAAGUCAGUGAUAUUAUAUAAGCUGAUAUUUUAUAUGUUUAUUUGUGGGAGUUUAUCACACAGUAAUGCAUAGUAGAAGAUCACGGCAGUUGUCAGGGUGAAGAUGGUGUACAAAAAUUGUAAGAUUAUCCAAACCUUUUUUUCUUUUAAGUGUAAAAAAAACAAACUAGUAAUAGGGCAGCAGAUUUUUAACAAAACAUGGAAACCGGAUGGAGUGUGAAGAGGGGUGUGCCCCACAUGACUCAUCGUCUCCAGUGACAGAUGAACAAUGGGAGAGCAUCCCCCCCACCCACCCACGGUGCCUGCUGUGUAAUAACCUGUUAUCAGUGGCGUUUUUCAGUCUGUAGGAUCCUUACCAAAAGGUUGAAGAAGGGUGGUGUUAAUAUUCUUGAGAAACUGUGUCUCAUUUUGCUUUUGCUUUUAUUCAAUAAACAUUUUUUCAGAUUUGA